UUAAAGUGCGUAACACGCAAGUCCACAAAUUGGUUUCCCGUCCCACUCCACACCCCACCCUUGUUUUCUUUCAUCACAUUGCAUUAAUUAUUCCAUUUCAUUCAUAUUUCCUUUGCGGUUUUAAUCGAGACUGCAUUCAAGUGUUCAAUUUAGCUGUGAUAGUUGUAUCAAGUUUAGUUUUAUCAAAAUGCCGGAUUCAUAUACUUGUAUUACCUGCCAGGUGUUGUUUAAAACUCCUGAAUUGCAGCGUGAACAUUACAAGUUGGACUGGCAUAGGUAUAAUUUGAAGAGGAAGGUUGCUAAUAUACCUCCUGUGACUUUAGAGGAGUUCGAAGCCCGCGCUAAAGAGCAUAGAGAGAUGGCUCAAGAAAGUAACCAAGAUGAUUCACAGUACUGCAAGUACUGUUCAAAAAUGUUCAAUAGUAAAAACGCGUACAGUAAUCAUUUGAACAGUAAGAAGCACAAACUGGCGGAGGCCGAGUAUGUGGUGACUGAGAAAGAGAACAAAGACGAAGAACAUAGUCAAUCGGACACAGACAGUUAUGUGAAAGUUGAGGCUGGUGGAGCGCAUGGCGACAGCAGACCGGGCAAGUUUGUCAUUGUCAAUGCUAAUGAUUCUGCUGAGGAAGAUGUUGAAACAGAUUCGGAAAUUGAAGAGUUGGACUCGGAUGAAUGGGAAGAAUGCAGAAUCAAAGGCAGUGAUUCACUGAUCAAACCCAGAGACUGCCUGUUUUGCAGCCACCACAGCAAGAAUAUGGUAAAGAACCUAAAACACAUGUCUACGGCCCAUUCUUUCUUCAUACCGGAUGUGGAGUACUGUGUCAAUGUUAAAGGACUUUUGCUGUAUUUGGGUGAAAAGAUCUCUCAAGGCUACAUGUGCCUAUGGUGCAAUGAUACUGGGCGGACUUUCUACUCUAUGGAGGCAGCUCGUGCUCACAUGAUUGAUAAGGGACAUUGCAAAAUGCUGCAUGAGGGACUAGCAUUGGCAGAGUAUGCUGAUUAUUAUGACUACAGUUCCUCGUACCCAGACCAGAACGUAGGCGAGGCAGAAAUGGACGUAGAUGAAGAAGUAGACGGACCAGCCAGCCUGGACGGAGAUGACUUUCAACUGGUGCUACCUUCAGGCGUUAUUGUCGGACAUAGAUCUCUAAUGAGAUAUUACAAGCAGAACGUAAUGCACAACAGUCAGGCAUUGGUGAAGAAAUCUGAUCGCAAGUUGCAUAGAUUACUUGGCAUGUACCGGGCGCUCGGGUGGGCGCCCAAAGAGCAGGCAGCUGCCGCUAAGAAAGCACGCGACAUUCACUUCAUGAAGCGUGUACAAGCCAAAUGGCAGAUGAAGCUCUCAAUGAAGAACAACAAGUUCCAGAAACAUUAUCGACCUCAAGUAAACUUCUAGAAUAUUCUAGACUCACCUAGCAUAUUUUUUAGUUUUCUUGCUAUGAACUAGGGACAAUUCAACUGGUUAUUUUUUAAUCUUUUAUUGUAUGAAAUCUCUCAAAUAAAGAAGUGCAAUCACUAUUUUCAAACUAUUUUGUCGUAUUUUCGAAAUAAACAUAGAUAUUCUUACUCAAA